AGCUGCGCCAUAUGCCAAUGGCUAUCAAUGCAAUAAAUCACCGUGGGUCCGCCCCUUUACAAGCUGAAUCCGCUCCGUGUUUUGAACGCAGUCUGCCUCUUUACAAUCAUAAUCCACUCCGUGUUUUGAAAGCGGUCCGCCACUUGACAAGCUGAAUCCACCCCGUGUUUUGAACACGAUCCGCCCCGCAGCUUGCGGCUCCCCUCCGAGCUUCUCAAGUUUCAAUCCGUCCAUCGUUAGCGCGCUGAGCCUCCCGCUCUUCUGCGCGUGUGUGUGUGUAGUCAGGCAGAAGCACGCAGUUGCAUACUCUGAGGCGGGGGUCUUAUUUGGGAAACGACCGGAAAAUCCCACACGUCGUACCGGAGCGGUGAGCCGUCGUGUCUGCCUCGUUUCCGUCCAUCUCGGGCCAGGAUGUCGGGAGACGCCGAGUCGUCCGGGUUCUCGAGCGAGGAGGUGCUGAACCUCCGCUUCCCUCUCCACCGCGCGUGUAGGGACGGGGACGUCGGCGCGCUGUGCGAUCUCCUCCGGUGCGUCACGAGCCCCGCGGAGCUCGCGGCGGAGGACUCGUUCUACGGCUGGACGCCGAUCCACUGGGCCGCGCACUUUGGACAGCUGGAGUGCGUGAUGCGUCUGGUGGCGGUGGGCUGCGGUGUGAACGCGGUGACCUCGCGCUUCGCCCAGACCCCCACCCACAUCGCCGCCUUCGGGGGUCACCCCGCCUGCCUGCUGUGGCUGCUGCAAACCGGGGCGGACAUUAGGAAACAGGACUAUGUGGGAGAGGCCCCGGUCCACAAGGCUGCCCGCGCGGGCAGCCUGGAGUGUGUGAGGGCUCUGCUGACGCAGGGCGCCCAGGCUGACCUGAGGAACGCCAGCGGGCUGACCGCGGCCGACCUGGCCCACGCCCAGGGCUUCCGGGAGUGCGCUGAGGUCCUCUUCAACGCCCAGAACAUCCAGAGGAACCUAGCCCCCGCCCAGGGCCCACUGGGGGGGUUCGGCCUGAACGGGUCCGCCCACAACGGGGACCACGCCCUCCAGGGGCGCAGCUUCCUGUCCGCAGCCCCGAACAGGAAACGGUCGUUUGAUGGCAUGGAGGACAGUCAGUUUAAGAAGCCAAGAACCAACGGCUUCGGCGCCCCCCCAGGACUGCUGAACGGAGGAGGCGCUGGAGAGGACCUCAUGGAGAGCAUGCUGGAGGAGUCCUCCUCAACCUCAGGUGGGCCCGCCCCCUUUACCUUCGGGCCCUUGGCCCCGCCCCCCGGGCCGAACCAGAGGGAGGACUGGGCCCCCGCCGCGCCCCGGGAGCAGGAGAUCAUCACCGUGGGCGCCAUGCAGACCCCCUGCCGCUGCACCAACUCCUACGCCUACCUCUAGGGGGCGUAGCUCUGGAGGGCGAGGCGCCCCCUCUGGAGGGCUAGCACCUAGCUUCAGAGGGUUAGCACCUAGCUUCAGAGUUAGCGCCUAGCUUCAGAGUUAGCGCCUAUCUUCAGAGUUAGCACCUAGCUGCAGAGUUAGCGCCUAGCUUCAGAGGGUUAGCACCUGGCUUCAGCGGGUUAGCGCCUAGCUUCAGAGGGUUAGCCGGCCGUGGUGUUGUAGUGGCUCGUCUAGGGGUUUACUUUGUUGCUUUGGAAUAGAGUUGUGUCAUAAUGGGUUUUCCACCUUUUCUUAAGAUGAGUAAUAUAUUAUUCUCCUUCGAGGUUCCUCGUUUGUUAGAUCUGUUUGUCGGUUUUGGUCAAGGUUAUAAAAGUUGUAUAAAAGAUUUUGGUUGGUAAACAGAAUGUUUGUUUUCUUGCACAAUUUACAGGAACAUGAUAACCAGGGAUGUGUAGACCAGUGGGUCAGGAGUUUGUGAUGGCUGUAAAUAUAGGGCCCAAAUUCAUGCAUCUACACAAGUAAAACUUAGUUUUAGAAGUUCUUAGAAGGGAGAGUUUGUGUGUUCAGUGCCUUGUUACCCUUGGUUCACAUCCAUUCAGGGGAUUUCUUCGUUUAGCUUUAGCCUGACAAUUUCCUUCUCAUUUGUUAGAGGAGAGUUUCACUAUAAGCCAAAGCAUAUGAUGAAUGUUAUUAAUCAAGAUGAGCUACACUGAAGCCGUCCUCGGUGUGGAGGUUCAGGCUGACGCUUCAAUGUGUAAAUCUGGUGUAAAGGUAGCUGGAGUUCUACUGUUGGCCGACGACAUGUGAGAUUAAUCGCUGCUCUUGUGACUCUUGAUGUCAUGAAUGACAGUAUAGGGAAGUUUAGCUCAUUGAUAUUGACUAUCUCAAUUCAGCUUUGACAUUUACAAAUGGAGGCUAGGUCAGGAUGUUCUGUCUCAUUAAACUAAUCGAGGCAUUGGUUAAAGGAACGUCCCGGGCUGAGGGAGGGGCGGAACUACGGUUCUCUGAUGUGCUGAACCCAGGAGGGGUUCGGGUUGAGGCUCUGAACCGAGAGCUCUCCUCACCCAGGGAGACGUUGAGUCCACCAGGCCGGUCAGACCGCCUGGAGCCCCGGCUGUGGCCUGGAGCCCGGUCCUCCAGGCUGCAGCCUGUGACAGUGUGUCACUCCAGCUCUGCCAGCUGUCCGUUGAUUCGCCGACUGCUGUUCUGUACUGCGUGCCGUGACCGCUCCUCUAUAUUGUGGUUUUGUCUCAUCUCUAGUGGCAGGUGAAACACACUCUGGGGAUUUUACCUCAAAUGGCCACAGCCAGCGAGGGGGGGGGACCCCAGAGACCGGCGGGGUCCAGCAGCCUGCCUACGGGGACGAGGCUCCCAGUGCAGGCAGUCAGCUGGAGCACCAGACGUCGGUCAAGGCAGAGCAGUUUUAUGACCACGCGUUCUUCAGCACCAUGCUCCUCUACCACGGGUCAUGAGACCGGGUCUUCGGCACCAUGCUCCUCUAUAGGCUCAUGAGACCGGGUCUUCACCUCACAACCACGCUAUGCUUCAUUUGUUAAAAAAAUUAAAAGAAACACAUGGAAGGGAAGGCUUGUAUUUCCAGAAUUUGCUGUUUUCAAUGUAUAUACUUGUUCUGUCUUUGUUAAGGUUUUUGUUAUUAGAACCAAUACCAUAAGUUCAUUGGUCACUAUGCUGAGCUUCGUUUUUUUAAAUACACUUUAUUAACUUGUUUUAUUUGGGAACGAAUACGCAUCGAUGUAUUUAACCAAUGCCUGUACUAUGAUAAUCCUGUUUAAUUAAGGACUUAUGUAUUUUUCAGAUUUCUUGAUACAAGUUUGAUUGGAUGAUUGUCACAAUGCUCAUUAAUUACAAAUAAAGGGUUUGUGAAACUAAACCUUCAA